AUGGUUGCCUCCAAGACGCUACUAUUCCUCCCUCUUCUCCUGGCCGGGGCGCUUGCAGCCCCGGGUCCUGCCUCGGCCGUCGUAGCCCCCAUCCCCGGCUACACCGUCACGGAGUUGCAGUGGGAAGUGGAAGUAUUCCCGGGCCAGCUCAAGAACUUCACCGGCACCGUCGAGAAGGUCCACAGUCAAGUGACGCAGCUGAACCCAGGAUGGGAGCAAGACGUGGUUGCCCAGCGGGAGCCCGAAGAAGCCAGGGCCUCGCUCGACAAACGCUACAUCUUCUAUCAAGUUGACUGCCGGCCCCCCGGCUGGCAACCAGCAGAGUACGGAGCUAUCGGGUCGGGAAUAUCGUAUCUGAAAACACUCAGAGGCAGCCCCAGGUAUGGGCCGGGCCCAGGCGCCUGCGGCCGAGUCAGCUGUUCGUACGAUUCGGCCAUAUGGUGGUGCAAUGAUAACCGCAAGCCGUUCAGUGUCCACAGUUGGCUGGACAUUGCGGACGGUGCCGGAGAAAUCUUCCGCAAGUGUAAAGAGGGCGACAGAUUGCUAGGCCAGGCGUUUGCAGAGCAGCAUUGGAACGUCAUUGUGCGAAAGGAUACGAGUAAUUGCUAG